CAUUCCAUCCACCAACUCUAAAAAAACUCAAAACUAAGAAACAUUCGGACGCUAGAGAUGGCAACUAAGCUUCUGCUGUCUGCUGUCCUUCUCUUCUUCUUUCUGAAAGUGAACGGCCAGAGAUGUGACUUCUCAAGCAUCGAGAUUGGGAUCACAAACACCGGAAAGAUGUUCAGAUACGAUUCAGUGUUCGAGGUGGAGAUCAAGAACAAUUGCCGAUGUACACUGAUCAACGUGUUCUUGAACUCAGAGGGCUUCGCGAGCACUACCAAUGUAGACCCGAAUAUGUUUAGAAGGGACCGCGAUGGUUAUCUGGUAAAUGAUGGGAAGGGCAUCCUGAGCUCUCAGUCUGUCAAGUUUCAGUAUGCGUGGGAUAGAGCGUUCAAGAUGACUCCACUAAAUUUUCAGGUUGCUUGUUGAUUGAGGAAUUCUUUUUAUAUCAUGAAGAGAAUUAUAUGAUUUUGAAGUGUUUUCUUCAUUUUAAAGUGUGGAUGGAUGGCCUUCGGUUCUAUGAUAGUUGUAAUUUUCUUGUGAUCGAAGUUGUCGACAUUAGUACAUUUUAAUAGAAGUUUUGAAGUAUACUCUUAUAAGCAUCAGUGCAGAUUAGCUCUUGUUAUAUGUUGACUGUGGACCAAAUUACUUCCUUUGUUUGUAUGUGUCAUUGAUGCAUCUAGUGCUCGUAAAACCAUGAGAAAUUGUUGAUUUAAAAAUUGUUUCAUGAGACAAAUUUAUUCAUUGUGUUCUACAUAAAUUU